AUGAGAGGAUCACCUGGACCUAAAGGCUUGCCAGGCUAUAAGGGUGAGAAGGGAGCACGGGGGAUUCCGGACCCACAGGUCCAAAAGGAGACAAGGGAGCAAAUGGGCUGCCUGGGAUGCUGGGACAGAAGGGUGAAAUGGGACCCAAGGGUGAGCCUGUUGUCCCAGGGAAAUGUGGCCCUACAGGACGACCAGGCAAGAGAGGCAAACAGGGGCCUGAUGGAGAGAGAGGUUUUCCAGGGCCAGUGGGUCCCAUUGGUCCACCUGGACCCAGGGGCCACCCGGGACCUCCUGGGGUACCUGCAUCAGAUAAUUGUUGUGAGCAGUGAGGAAGAGCUAAAAGGUCUCUAUGAAGAUAACGCACUCGCCUUCAGGAAGGAUCAGAGGUCUCUUUACUUCAGAGAUGAAAAUGGAUGGGAGCUCAUGGUACAGCUCAUGCUGAUGCCACUCCAGGCGACCGAGAGGAUGAGGAAUGGGAAUGUAGUCUGCGGUGAUGGAAAGUUGCAGGAACUCAAUGGGGAAGAAUGCGACGACGGAAACAAGGUUGUUACGGAUGACUGCGUAGAGAUUUUAAGCUGA